GCGAGUUCGUUUUUCUAAAAUUGCAACAUUACUAUGUUUACCGUCAAAUGGCAUUCGACUGUCGACAAUUGCCUAAUUCGAACUAUCAGUGUCAAGUGUCAAAUUGUCAAUCAAAGUUUGUUGUUGUAUCCGUGAUUUUCUGUUUCUGUUGGACCUAAAAAUUGUUAAAUCAUGAAGGCGUUUAUGUCUGAAGACAAUCUCUGUGCUCAAAACUUGUUGAAACUUGUGUCUCAUGGAAAUGCAAUUGUGGCCGAAAUUUUAAGAUUAAAGGAUCAUAAACCCAGUGCUUAUAUGCUUGAUAAUAAAGAAAUGCAACAAAAAUAUCAGGAUGUCAUCUUGGACUUUAGUUACUUCAAAGUUUCCGAUGCUCAAGAAAAGAAAAUUAAUGCUAACCCUAAAUUGCAAGACUUAGAUGAUGAGCUGAAAGAAAAAUAUUUGGAAAUUAUAAACAGAUUUUAUUUACUUUUUGAGAAUAUUUACCAAUACAUUGUUGAUCUGAACUCUUUUGUAGAGCAAUUGCAUGAUAAUACAUUCAUCCAGCAAAAUAUUGAAACUGUUUUAAAAGAUGUGGAAGGAAAACAGCUUUUGUGUGAAAGUUUAUAUUUAUAUGGAGCUAUGCUAUUGUUAUGUGACCUUUACAUUCCGGGUCCAAUGAGGGAAAGAUUGUUGGUAGCAUUUUAUCGCUACAGUACCAGCCAAUCACAGUCCAACAUUGAUGAUGUGUGUAAACUUCUAAGAGACACUGGCUACGAUCAGCAAAAUGGACGAAGACCUGCUGAUUAUCCUGUUGAAUAUUUUAGCCGUGUGUUCAUUCGACCUGAAUUUGUCGAAAAAGUGGUAGGAAAGUUAAGAUCAGAAGAUAUUUACAAUCAGCUUGCAGUUUACACAAUACCAGAGCAUCAAGCAUCAGCACUGGGCACACAAGCUAGCAUGCUAGUCAUCUGUCUGUUUUUCACACCCUACUAUCUACAUACCGAUACAUCUAAAAUGAGAGAAAUUGUAGACAAAUUUUUCCCAACAAAUUGGGUAAUCCCAGUGUACAUGGGUGUUACAAUGAACAUCAUUGAUUACUGGGAAAACUUUAAAGCAGCUAAAUCUGCACUCAGCAACACCUGUAAUAGCAAGAUAAUUAAAGAAGUAUUUGCUAAGAGAGGUGGGUCAGUACCAAUGCUUACUACAAAAACUCAUCAACUAUUAAAAGAAGGAACCCUUACUGAUGACUUUGUAUUGGACAAUAUAAGCAAAAUUCUAAAUCUUUUAUUAAAUUCCAACUUAGUGUUAAGGUGGCUUCUUUUGCACAAUACUGAUGUAACAUUUUAUGAUAAUAAUAAAAAAAGCAAACAGCUUAAAGAUUUAGUUCUGAAGGAGUCUAAUUAUGAUCCAUUGAAAAUUUUGGAACUAUUGAUAAGUACUGCAGAGUUGGAGUUGAAAGUCAGAGAGAUAUUAAAUAGAUUGCUUGAAAAUAGAGAUUCUACUUGGAAUAUGAAUAAGAAUCUUGCUAUAGAAGCAUUGAACAGUUUGUCGGAACUUUUCUCAGGAGCUAAACCUGUCGCUAAAAUACAAGAAAACGAACAACUGAAGCUUUGGUUUGAUAGCAUUGCCAAACAAGUAUCAUCUUUAGGUGAACCUAGUUCAUCUAAGUCAAUCAAGAAAGUAACGCAAUUGCUACAGGCUCUAGAUGAAGUCGAAGAAUUUCAUGGGAUAAAAAGUACUUCUACAAUUGUUCAGUACUUGUGUGAUAGCAAGGAUGCAUUGAAAAAUCUUUUGAGAGCUGCUUCUUUAAAAGAAGAUUCCUUGGUUACUUUGGAAACAGUGGCUGAUGUAAGCUAUGCUUGGUGCACAAUCGAUUUGUAUACAAAGCAUAUGCAAGACAGCAUUAAGGAAAAUCCAGCUGUCACCAGCAGACUAAGAGCGCUCUUCUUAAAGUUAGCUAGUGCCAUGGAAAUACCACUGCUCAGGAUAAAUCAGGCUCAUAGUGACGAUUUGGUGUCAGUUUCACAAUAUUUCAGUAAUGAACUAAUUAAAUAUAUUCAAAAAGUACUCCAAAUUAUUCCAGAAAUGGUUUUUAAUAUUGUGGAGAAAAUAAUUGACUUACAGACGUGGGCUAUAAAAGAAGUGCCUACGAGAUUAGAAAAGGAAAGAUUGCGGGAUUACGCGCAGUUAGAAGAUAGGAUGGAAGUUGCGAAAUUAACUCAUUCGGCUUCCACAUUUACAACAGGAAUAUUAGAUAUGAGAUCUACAUUAGUGGGAGUAAUAAGAGUAGACCCAGCAGAAUUGCUGGAAGAAGGGUUAUUAAAGGAGUUAGACAGACAUAUUGGCAAAAAAUUUGUGGAAUUCCUAGAACCACAGGGAAAGAAAUAUCAACCUACUGCAAGUAAUUUGAUGUUGCGACUGCAAAAAUUGGCUGAAAGCAUGGAUGGGUAUAGACGAUCUCUAGAAUACAUUCAAGAUUACAUAAAUAUACAUGGCUUAAGAAUCUGGCAAAAACAGAUAACAGCAAUCAUUACUGAAAGUGUUUCCAAAGAAAUAAGCUUCCGUAAAGGAGUAACACUGUACAGUCCCUCGGCUGGUUUCAUGGGCAGUCUAGCUCGGCAAAUACCACAAUUGGUUGACGCAAGGAUAUGUUCAUACGUUAACAUAUGUGCUGCCUGGUAUGACGUUAAAACUCAAAAUGAAAUAAUAAAUAACAAAACAUUCGGCAAACUAAAUGAAGCUAUUGGAGUGGUUGGUCUUCACGGCUUGGACACGUUGUAUGGAUUUAUGGUGAAAAACCAAAUGCAUAAUGUUCAAGAUAUAUUCAGGAACAGUCAAGACAAGUUUCUAAUGGGGAGUAUGACUAACAAUAUGAAAGAUUUGGAACAGUUUAUUGCUAAAGGAUAUAAAACAUUCCAGCAACUAUCUGACGCACUUGUAUUGAUUGGUACUUUGCAAAUUAUCAGAAGGCACAUUGCGUAUCAGUUAAAUACAAGUUGUAAGUUUGAUUCAGCUCAAUUAGAAGCAUCACUGAGGACUAUGAAUGAAUCCUUAAUUAACGAAUUAAAGAUAUCAACACAUUCUGAGAGUCAAUCAAAAGUGUCAUCGCUACUUUUGCAAAAUCUAGAAGAGUAUUUAGUGAGAUGUGGAAUUUAUGAACCAUAUGAUAAGAUUUAUGUUAAACAUGCGCAGGAAUUCAUAAACGCAGAUAUGGGGCGCAUCCUUGUCGCCCUUUUAAUUUCGCAGUUGCCCCGAAUGCAGAUAUGCUAUACCACAGGGGAUCUUAUAACAAGAAGAACUGGAGACAACAUAGAUGGUUAUCCAUUGCUAGUCGGUAUCUACUCACUGUUACGCCAAAGCAAGAGUGAAAAUAUUGACAUAUUUAUUGAGUCAUUAUGCAAUUAUGUCAAAACUAAACAAACAGAGUCAUCUAAUGAUGCUGCAGCAAUUGUGAGAAUAUUGCAAAUGUUCUCAGAGACAUUCAAUUACCCUUUUGAUAAACUGGAAGACAAACUUCCACUAAUUUUACUAUCUCAUACUCUUCAAAAAUAAGAUAAGUUAAUAAGUGAAAUGUUUAUUUAAAUCAUGUUACAAACUUAUUAUAACAAAAAUUAUAGAAUAAAUAUAUUCAACCAUGUUCAUCAUCAGGAUCGAUUUAUUUAUUUAUAAUUUUGCCUUGCCAGUUCAGGGUUGAACUGUGAAUUGUAUUUUGGUUUUACUCUUGUUUCUUUCUCAACUUCUUUAGUUUCAUUGGAAUUAUGAAGACCUUUCAAAAACAACUCAGUUCUGUAUUUUUCUUGCUGUUCUCUUUUUAGUCGAGCUUCUCUUAACUUCUUCAAUUUCAUUUCUUUAUCUUGUAUUUUAUCCUUUUUGUGUUUCUUUUUUUUAUGUUUAUAAUUAUCUAUUUCAGAUUUUUGUUUAGAUGGCCUCAAGUCAUUUUUAAUUUUAUCACACUUAUGAAGAUGUUUGAAUGCAUUCAUUGGGUCUAGUUCUUGUUUUCUCUUAUAAUUUACUUCUCCAUCCUUCACAUCCGGUUCUUUUACUUUAGGUUUACCAUCUACGUCUUUCAGAACCAACUUAUCAUAAGUAUCCUUAAUAUCACUUGAUCUAGAAAAUCUAGAUGUUUCUGGUGCAACUUCAUACCAAUUUUUUUUACCAAGAGCCUCAUUUGUGUCUUGUCCAAGAUAUGUUAAAUAACCAAUCUUUUUCUCAUAUUCUUCCUUUUUUUCUUUUAUCUCAUUGUCAUGCUCCCUAUUUGUGGUUUUCACAGCAUCAUCAAGGUUAGCGAAUAAAUUGAUAUGUUCAUUCACUGUUUCUUGUAUAGGCUCUGUGGUUGAUUGGACAAUACCAGAGUCUUGUAACUUUUGUUUGCUUUUGUAUUUUAAAACACUAAGGCGUGCCUCGCGAUCAGCUUGCUCAACUCUCAAUUUUUCCUGACGCUCUUUUUCAGCAGCUUCGGCUUCAUCUUUCCUAACUCGUGCUAUAUUUUCUUUUGUUCUUACAUGCCACCUGUAGAAGACGAU